CACAAGUUGUACAAGGUUCGAGUGGCCAGUCGCGGGUUGUGUGCCAGUGUGUACACACGCACCAGCCUCCUAAAGGUUCCUUACGAGUGCACUCACGCCCGAUUCGCGCGUUUAUACGUGAUUUAAUUGACCUAAGGAUUUUCAUAGACACGAAGGUGGCGUGAGGGUACGCUUUCAAGAUGGCGGCGACCAAGUACUCUCACCCCUUCAUGCAGGGGCUGAAGUCGCUGCCCCUGGAGUACGAGGAGGAGAUACAGCAGAUCAGAGAGUGGGUAAAGAGCCAGCCGCACCUGCCAUACAUCUCCGACGAGUACAUCGUGCUGUUCCUGCACUCCAACUACUACAAGGUCAAGGAGACCAAGGAGACCAUCGAGUACUACUUUACACACCGCACCAACACGCCCGAUCUCUUCAGCAACCGCGACCCGCUCUCGCCUAGGAACCAACAGAUAUUGGAUAUUGCCCACAUGAUCGGCCUCCCGAACAAGACAUCCGAGGGCUACCACGUGCUGCUCUACCGGCUGUCGGACUUCGAUUAUAGCAAGCUGAACUUCGCGGACGCCGUACGGGUGUUUUGCAUGUUCAAUGACGUGAAGCUUUCCGAGGACCGGCUCUCCGACGGGUACAUCGUCAUCUUCGACAUGAAGGGCUGCAGUCUCGGACACCUCACGAGGGUCACGUUGCCGGCGCUGCGGGCGUUCAUGGUUUACAUUCAGACCGCGCACCCGUGUCGUCUGAAAAAGAUCCACGUGGUGCAUACAGUCUCGUUCAUCAACCAGGUGAUGUGUCUAGUGAAGCCUCUCAUCCACUCAAACCUGCUCAACCUGCUCAACUUCUGCUCCGAGGGCCCCGCCGCCGUUGUGGACAAGGAACUCCUACCGGAAGACUACGGCGGCCCCCUUCCCCCCGUCAAAGACUUUCACGCCGAACAACGCAAGAACAUGGAGGAUACUUACAGAGACUGGCUUAUAGAGACGGAGAUGUUUAAGGUUGACGAGAAGAAGAGAAUCAAGAAGCCUAGUAAAGGCUUGUUCGCCAGCUUGACCAGCAGUUUCAAAAGUCUAGACAUCGACUGAUGCUGCGUACGUGAUUUUAGGGACCUGACCUCUUAUAACUAUUAAAUUUUUUAUGGUGCUGACUUGCCUUUUUCACUCGUUUGGUCUUCUGGUACACUGUCUUCUCAAAUUAUUUACAAUUACAAUAACAUUGGCAUUCAAAAUGGUUUUUAGAUCUGUUAUAGCUAUGUUGCUCCUUAUCAAUCCGUCAAGAAAAUGUUACCAGUUAAUUUACAUAUCUUCCUGUCAAAACUUAGAAGCACUGUUAUUUUGAACCAAACAGAAAACUAAAUCUGUUUCUUAUUUUGUUUCUUAAUCUCCGUUAAACCACACUAAAUAUAUGAAAAGUUUAACAGAGUUAAGAACGUCCCCAUGCAACAUGAGAACGACUGAGUAUCUGCGAAUUAGUUUUAUUUGGACCAUUAUUUAUUUUCAUAAGUCCGUGACUGGAAUUGGCACCCCUCACCGAAUUACGUAACAGGGUUUUAUCUUGUUGUUUUCUACUUGUAGGUAAGUUGCCAAUAUGUACGUAGGAUUUUUCCUUCUCUCGAGCUUGGACUAUUGCUCAAUAUUUUACACUUAAUAAAUCUAUUUUUUUAGAAACUCUCUAUUAGAUCUUUUAAAUGUUGGUGUAACGUUGUGAAAGUUAUUUUAUGAGAUAAUUAAAAAGUUACAUGUGAACCUUAUAAUUUAAACCUGUUGAACUGAGGUCCUUAUAAUUAAUUUUGAAAUCUUUGUAUGACAAAUAAACACACAUCAUUUGUUAAUCCUCAGGAAGUAUUUUGCUUUAUACCGUUUCUCAUAAGGCCCUCAUUUCAUAGGUUAGGUACUGUCUGCAUUGUGUUGUUGACAAAUAUCAAUCUUAUUUUGAAUCGAUUGAUUAGCAAAUUCAGGUUAGGUAUAUUAACACAAUAUAACAUUUUGGCGUCCUGUUUAAAAGUUACCAUACCUACUUUUAUUAAAUAUAAAUCCUAUUAUCAUUGUUGUACAUAUCAUUAUAGUGUAGAUGUAUUCUGUUAAGCUAAGUUUUAUACUACGCUUAUAUUAUAAAUAAAUGUCACUAUAAUCUCUCCAUAUGAAGGGAUUUCACGUUUUGUAAGUAAUAGAAUGUAUUUGAGCUUUAAACUCAUUGAUAUUUUUGUAGUGGUUUUAAAUGAAUUGUUAUUUAACAUUAUAUCAUAGUCAACUUUUCAACUGUCUUAUUAUACUCUACGCGGAAUUUAAAAAAUAAAAACAUUCUUUUAAAAAUUACACUGGCUCCCUUAACACCGCGUACGCACUUAUAUUUAUAUAACCUGUUUUUUUUAUAUUUUCAAAUGUUGCCAAUUAUAAAGUUUAAUGUUUAAAGAAGUUUUACAUUUUUAGAAAAAAAUAUAUCAUGUUAUUGAACAAACCAAAUCAUCGUUAAUACAUACAUGUAUUUGUAAAUAAAAUAAUAGUCAAUAAA